AUGGACGCCAGCCUAUUACCUCUCAACGAUCAAAUAUCGCGCUUUCAAGAUGCGGUCAAACACAACAGAACCCUCGUGACGGUUUUAUCGCUCGCUGCCGAGAUGAAACUCCCCAAUUGGUAUCUCGCUGCCGGUGCACUCACGCAAACCGUCUGGAAUGUCGUCACAAACCGAGACCCAGAGCAGGGCAUAGACGACUAUGACUUGAUCUAUUUUGACGCCUCAGACCUGUCAUGGGAAGCUGAAGAUGCCGUUAUUCAGAAGGGAAAAGAAAUCUUCAAGGACAUCCCUGUUGAAGUUGAGAUUCGCAACCAAGCGCGUGUGCAUCUUUGGUAUGAGAAGAAGUUUGGACGACCUUGCCCUCAGCAUCGCUCUAGCGAGGCCUCUAUGACUACUUGGGGAACUAAUACGGCAUUGAUCGGUGUGAGGUUGAGAGACGACGGAGAGUGGGAUAUCUAUGCGCCUUGGGGUCUUUCCGAUAUGUUUAGGCUUAUUGUGCGUCCCAAUCAGCAGAUCAUGACUGAGGAGACAUACACGAAGAAAACAACGCGAUGGAUCAAAAUUUGGCCUGAAAUCACAAUCAUGCCAUGGAAAUAA